CCAUUCAUAAAACUCUUAAAGGAGUUUUGUGUCACUGUCUGAUUAUUAAUUAUAAGUUUGAUCCUUUCAAUUACUAACUUACCCCCCUCGGAAAGAUUCCAAACUUAUAGAGGGGGAUUGAUAAAGAAAAAGCCCCCUUUGUUGAGGAGAAAUGAAGGAUGAAGAAGAUGAAGUAAGAUCAGCUUCCUCAUCCCCGAUUCCCGUCAGCACGGGACCCGACAAUCUCAAGUACUCCUUUUCUUCCCUCCCGGCACCGUCACCUCCAUUAUCGCCACUCGGUUCAUCCAACUCGUCAACCGAGAAACUUCCAUUGUUACAUAAUAGCAGGGUUUCUGAAAUAAAAAAAGUAUCUACCCUGUCAAGCUUCUCUUUAGAUCAGUCUCAAUCUGCAGAUGAUUCAUCUUCUCAGCCUUUUUCCUGCCUCCUGGAACUGUUGGAGUGGUUUGCACUCAGAUGCUGCAGUUGCUGCGGUGAGAACCUCAACCGGCCAUCGAAACUUCACCAUAACUAGAAAAUUCACCCGAUUUUGCGACUGUAGGUUCCGCAACAAAUACAAUGACAUAGUAGCGUUUUUCAGCUGGUUUUUGUAACUACCUUGUAUUUUUAGCUACUCUUCAUUUUGGGAGAAAUGGGGCCAAAAGAAAGAUCCAUGCUCAAUGGAAGAAGAUUUAUUUGUAAAUAUCAAAAGGGUUGGUAGAGGCCUAGAUGGUUGAGGCGCUGAGAAAUCUGCCUACUAUUCUUUGAAAUAAUAUUUGUUUGUCUCAAUUUGACUCCCUCCAAAGAAAGAAAAAGGAAGAACAAAAAAGAUUCAUUUUUAUUGCUCUCUAUGUUGAAUAAAUUUCAGAACUUUCUAAAUAAUAAAUAACAUAUUCGAUUGAUAAAGGAAUUAUAACAUGUCUAUUAUA